AUGUCGGCGGUGGUGGCGGAGCCCGUGGCCGUCCUCGGCUGCCGGCCGCGGGUCGCCGGCGGCGUCUGCUUCGUGGAAGACCAGGUCGUGCUACACGCGGCGGGGGCGGGCUGCCUCCAGCUGCACCUCCAGCAGAAAUGGCACAAGUUCAUCCCAGGCACCGAGAAGAGCCAGGGCGUGCAGGCGCUGGCGGUCAGCCCUUGCCGGCAGUACCUAGCUGUCUCAGAGACGGUGGCGGAGCAGCCGGUCCUGACCGUCCAUGAGCUGUCGUCGGUGCGGCGGCGGAAGACGCUGCCUGCGCGGGAGGCGGUGUCCCUGGCCUUCUCCCCCGACAGCCGGUACCUGGCGGUCGCCACGGCCCCCCCAGAGGGGUUCCUCACCUGCUGGCUCUGGGAGAAGAAGCGGCUGAUGGCGGAAGUCCCCGUCGAGGCCCCGGGCAGCGGCGUCUGCCAGGUGAGUUUUAGUCCUCAUGACAAUGCACAGGUUUGUAUCACUGGAAAUGGCUUUUUUAAACUUUUUAAGUACAGUGAAGAAACUUUGAAGCAGAUUAAUUUACAAAAGGAAGAGCCACAAAACUACUUGUGCCAUGUCUGGCUGUCUGAGGAUGAAGUUUUAUGUGGCACUGACACAGGCAAACUGACCUUGUUUAAAACUGGACAGCUGCACUGGGAGACAAGUGUAGAGUACAAAAAACCACCCAAGGAACAGGAAGAUGCAGACCCAGAAGAAUAUGAGAGUCUUUAUUCAUUUACUCCUUGCAGUUCUUCUGAUGUUUCUUAUGUACUGGCCUCUGAAGAUAAUGGUUUACAAAAGGAUUCUUUGCCUAAAAUAUGUGCAGUUGCAGCUUAUUCCAAAGGCUUUGCAUGUUCAGCUACCCCAGGAGUUGUUCUUCUGUUUGAGAAGACCAAGGAAAAGGAAGUCUACAAGGAGAGUCAAGAAAUAUGGCUUCCUCGGGACCUGUUCACCAGCGAACGAAAGCAGUCAGGCAGGCAGGACAUUGUAUGUAUCUGCUUCAGCCCCUCUGAGGAAACCAUUGUCAUUUACACAAAUGAAAAUCAGCUUUACAUGUUUACUAUGAUCUCCACCAACGUUGUGAAGGAGAAGGCAGCUUAUUUUGCAUACCUGAAUUUCCCACUGCAUUCUGCUUCGAUCACUGGUCUGGACAUCUGUAUUUGGAAACCCAUUUUUGCCACUUGUGCCCUGGAUAGAACUGUCCGCAUCUGGAAUUACAAGAUGAACACUUUGGAGCUGUAUAAGGAAUACUGGGAGGAAGCAUACACAGUAUCACUUCAUCCCACUGGCCUUUUCUGUUUGGUUGGGUUUUCUGACAAACUACGAUUUCUAAGUCUACUGUAUGAGGACAUGCAUGCUUUCAAGGAGAUUGCUGUGAGAAACUGUAGAGAGUGCUCAUUCAGUAACAGAGGCCAUCUUUUUGCUGCAGUUAAUGGAAAUGUGAUUCAAAUUUAUUCUAGCAUCACCUUUGAGAACAUUAAUAACCUGAAAGGACAUGGUGGGAAGAUACGUGCAAUUAAAUGGAGCACAGAUGAUGCUAGAUUUUUCUCCUGUGACACACAUGGUGCUGUGUAUGAGUGGAACUUGCUGACAGGUGAAAGGCUGUCAGAGUGUUUGCUCAAGUCCUGCAUGUACAGCAGCAUUGCCCUGUCUUCUGAUGCCGAAAUCAUCUUUGCUGUUGGAUCUGACCAAACUCUUAAAGAAAUUUCAGGGUCUUCGAUCCAGCAUGAGGUUCCUGCUUUUGGUGCCAUUUACACUGCAGUAGCUGUUUCUCAUUCUGGGCAUAUGGUGUUUGUUGGUACAUCUCUGGGGUCAAUUCGAGCUAUGAAAUACCCAUUACCUGUGACAAAGGAUUUCAAUGAGUAUCAGGCCCAUGCAGGUGCUGUUACAAAGAUGUUUAUAACAAAUGAUGACCUAUUUCUGCUGACUGCCUCAGAGGAUGGUUCUAUAUUUACCUGGAAAAUCUUUGAAAAAGAAGGUGGAAUACUGAAAUGGGACAAGGAAUUUAAGUAUGCUGAGGAAGUGUUGAUCAUGAGAUCAGACAUAGAAGAGAAGAGUCAGACAAUACUAGACCUGCAGAUUCAAGUGAAAGAGCUACAGACAGAAAGUCAUUACCAGCUAUAUCUUAAGGACAUUUACUGUAAUGAUAAAAUCAAGGAAUUAGAAGAAAAAUUCACUCAGGAAGUAGGCUCCCUUAAAACCAAACACCAGGUUUUACAGGCAGAGAAAGAAAAAGAAGAUCUACAACACCAGAUUCAACUGUCUGAGCUAAUGAAUAAACAGGCCAGUGAGGUCCAACAGCUAGAAUCUGAUACUAAUCAGAAACUCUUAAUGGAAAAUGAGAAAUACCAGGAGCUGCAGGUGAAAUCCAAGAGGAUUCAGGAGGAAUAUGAGAAACAACUGCACGAUUUGGAGCAAAGCAAAAGCAAGGCUGUGAAGGAUCUAACAGAACACUAUGAGCAAAAACUUAAUGAGAAAUCUGUCCUACUGGAAGAGGCAGAGGAGAAUAUGAGGCAGCAGCUUCACAUACAUGAAGAAAUCAGGAAACAGAUUGAAGAAGAUGAAGACCAAGAAAUCCUGGAAAUCAAAAUCAAGUAUGAGAGACAACUCUUUGAAGAAAAGGAAUCAAACCUGCAACUGAAAGGAGAAAUAGGAAUCAUGAAUAAAAGGUUGAACAGCCAGCAGAAGGAGCUCAAGGAGAGAAACAGGGACCUUGGAGAAAUGAAACUGGAACAGCAGAAGCUGCAAGGCAUCAUUAAGUCACUGGAGAAAAACAUCUUGGCACUGAAAACAGAGAUUGAAGAGAGAGCCAAUACUAUCCAAGACAAGGAGAAGAAUAUAUAUGACCUAAAAAAGAAAAAUCAGGAGCUGGAAAAGUUCAAGUUUGUACUGGAUUACAGAAUAGAGGAGUUUAAGAAACAAAUAGAGUCACGUGAAAAUGAUAUCAAAACAAUGAAGGAGCAGAUCUCUGAGAUGGAAAGGGAACUGGAACGAUUCCACAAGGAGACCACAGAGCUGAAGCUGAACAUCACACAACUGCAACAGAAACUAAAGGCAACUCAUCGAGAGAUGCGCAGAGAGAGGCAGAAGAAGCAAAACAUGGAAGCUCUCAUCACACGAUUUAAAACAGAUGUUCAUAACUGUGUGGGCUUCAUUCAGGAUUCAAAAAAACUGAAGAAUGGGAUUUGUGAGCUCUACACUAAGUAUGUGCAGCAGUUAGACACGGUGGAGAUGGAAGUUGUAGACACAGAUCUGCAGCAGGAAUACAUGAGACAGCGCGAGUAUCUUGAGAGGAAUUUGGCAGCUUUAAAAAGGAAUCUAGUGAAGGAUCAGAAAAUCCACCAAGCUGCUUACAUGCGCAUCAUGCAGGAAAAUGUGGGUCUGAUUAAGGAAAUAAAUGUCUUGCGGCAAGAACUGAGGGAGGCCCACAUCCAGGUGCAUGACCUCCAGUCAACACUGAGAUUAACUAAGAAAAAGCAAGCAAUUCAAGACACAGCUCCCUCCAGUGAACUGGUGCCCAGCCCAUCUGUCCUGAGGUUGAAUGCAGAGAAGGAAUAUGAGAAUAUCAUAGAAAUGCAGCAGCUAGAAAUUCAAUACCUGCGAGACCAAAUCCAGAAGGGACGAGUCCUUGCAGUUCCACCUCUCUUAGAUGGAAACCUUCCUAAGAUGGAUUAGGAAAGCAGCCACAGGAGUCAGCAAGAGUGACCUGGUUCAUAGAUACCUUAUAUUAUUACACUCUCCUGGCAAGAUCUGAAAUGCAAAAGCAUAGAUUAGACUUUUCUGUACUCUUCCCUUAGAAGUAUUUAUGCAGCACUCACUGCUCUGAACACAAGACACCACCCUUCACUCCCUUCUGCUUUCCUCAUGU